UGGCAGCUCUCGCACUAUAGCCCUCGCUAUGGAUUGUAUGUAUUUAUUGAUGUGCUUUUCACUCACUCUAUUAUUUUUGGAGCAUAAGCACGCUGCAGAAUCACAUGAAAAACUCUCUGGAAAGUUAAGUGAAUAUGGUCUUAUCGUGCCAUUCAGCACAGACUCCCAUGGCCGGUACAUUUCUCACGUGGUCUCUGCUGGAAGUGGAAGUAAAGGUGCUGCUGAUGCUGCUUCAUCCCCUGGCAGCAGGAGCCGGGUGGCCCGCAGCGCCCCCGAGACGCCCUCUGUCACCUCUGCCGCCUCUGCUCAGCACUUAUUUUUCAAUGUCACCGUGUUUGGGAAAGAACUGCAUCUCCGCCUCAGAGCCAACAGAAGGCUGGUGGCUCCGGGGGCUUUUGCGGAAUGGCAGGAGGACUUCGAGGAAAAGGCCAAAGAACACAUUCAUGGGGACUGUGUUUUCACUGGAGAUGUGACAGACAUGCCGGAGGCCUCGGUGGCCAUCAGCAAUUGUGAUGGGCUGGCAGGUCUAAUCCGGACUGAUAAUGGGGAGUUUUUCAUCGAGCCCCUAGAGAAGGGCCAGCAGGAUGUGGAAGUGAAGGGGCGUGUCCACGUGGUCUACCGCAGGUCAGCCAUCAAGCGGGAAACGGGCCAGAGAAGGGAGGACCUCCAUAAUGAAGUGGCUGACUUUGGGAUAGCAGACCUGCCUUCAGCUCUGGAUGUUGUUGAGCACAAACUGUCCGAGUCCGAGCGCAAACGGAGGCACGCCAAGAAAGACGACUACAACAUCGAAGUGCUGCUAGCUGUGGAUGACUCGGUGGUGCGCUUCCACGGCAAGGAGCAUGUGCAGAAUUAUGUGCUCACGCUCAUGAACAUAGUUGAUGAAAUCUACCACGAUGAAUCUUUGGGAACCAACAUCAAUAUUGUGCUUGUCCGUAUGAUAAUGGUCGGGUACCGUCAGUCUAUAAGCCUGAUUGAGCGUGGCAACCCAUCCCGCAGCCUGGAACAGGUGUGUCGAUGGGCCAACACGCAGCAGCGCCGCGACCCCGACCACGCUGAGUACCACGACCACGCCAUCUUCCUCACAAGGCAAGAUUUUGGUCCCGCAGGUAUGCAAGGUUAUGCUCCAGUGACGGGGAUGUGCCACCCACUGAGGAGCUGCACCCUGAACCACGAGGACGGCUUCUCCUCUGCCUUUGUGGUUGCUCAUGAAACCGGCCAUGUGUUAGGAAUGGAGCACGACGGCCAAGGGAAUCGGUGUGCAGAUGAGACCAGCAUGGGCAGUAUCAUGGCACCGCUGGUCCAAGCAGCUUUCCACCGCUACCACUGGUCACGUUGCAGCAAGCAGGAGCUCAAUCGAUACAUCCACUCCUAUGACUGCCUCCUGGAUGAUCCAUUCGAACACAAGUGGCCCAAGCUUCCUGAACUCCCUGGAAUCAAUUAUUCAAUGGACGAGCAGUGUCGCUUUGAUUUUGGAGUUGGCUACAAGAUGUGCACUGCUUUUCGAACUUAUGAUCCUUGCAAGCAGUUGUGGUGCAGCCACCCCGACAACCAGUACUUCUGUAAAACCAAGAAAGGACCUCCAGUGGAUGGAACUGAGUGCGCACCUGGAAAGUGGUGCUUCAAGGGCCACUGUAUCUGGAGAUCCAGCCAGGAGCCUCAGGGCCACGAUGGGAGCUGGGGCUCCUGGUCGAAGUUCGGCUCUUGUUCCAGGACCUGUGGAGGUGGAGUCCGCUCCCGCAGCAGACAGUGCAAUAAUCCUGCGCCUGCGUACGGCGGUCGAGAUUGUCCCGGCUCUGCUUUUGACUACCAGAUGUGCAACACAGAGGAGUGUGCCGGGCCUUACGAGGACUUCCGCGCUCAGCAGUGCGUCCAGAGGAGCAACAAAUACCACAAAAACAUCAAGCACACCUGGCUGCCGUAUGAGCACCCAGAUGAGUCCCACAAGUGUGAGCUGAGCUGUCAGUCCAAGGAGACUGGAGAGGUGGUGUUCAUGAACCAGGUGAUGCAUGAUGGGACGCGCUGCAGCUACACAGACCCUUUCAGUGUGUGUGCCCGAGGGGAGUGUCUGCAUGUGGGCUGCGACAAGGAGGUGGGCUCGUACAAGCAGGAGGACAAAUGCGGCGUGUGCGAGGGGGACAACUCCCACUGUCGCACCGUCAAGCUGACGCUCACCAAGACGCCCAAGAAACCAGGCAUGCUGAAAAUGUUUGACAUCCCAGUAGGUGCCCGCCACAUUGUUAUAGAAGAGAACGAAACAUCUCCUCACAUAAUUGCUGUUAAGAAUGUAGUCACUGGACACUUUAUAUUGAACGAAAAAAGUGAAGACGCUAAGUCGAGGACCUUAAUCGACAGCGGUUUACAGUGGGAGUAUUCCAACGACGGUGAAAAGGAGAGCUUGAAAACUGCUGGUCCUCUCCAUGAAGGCAUCGUAGUGCUGGUCAAUCCCCAAGAGGAGGAUGCUAAGAUCAGCUUGACAUAUAAAUACAUCAUCCAUGAGGACCUGUUACCACUCAUCACUAAUAAUAAUGUACUCCUGGCCGAGCUGGACACCUAUGAGUGGGCGCUGAAGAGCUGGUCACACUGCUCCAAGCCAUGUGGGGGAGGCAUACAGUACACUAAAUAUGGCUGCAGGAGGAAGAGCGACAGCCGUUUGGUGCAUCGCAACUUCUGUGAAACCAGCAAAAAACCCAAACCCAUCCGCAAACGCUGCAACGUCCAUGAGUGCAGCCCACCCACGUGGGUUGUGGAGGAGUGGAGCCCGUGCAGUAAGACAUGCGGGAAGCUCGGCUACCAGUCCAGAGUGGUGCAGUGCAUGCAGGCUCUCCACAACGGCACCAACAGGCCUGUGCACACGAAGCACUGCACCGAGCCCCGGCCUGAGAUGAGGAGGGCUUGUAACAACACCGUCUGCCCCACCCAGUGGAGGACAGGGGCGUGGUCCCAGUGCUCAGUGAGCUGUGGCGAGGGGAUUCAACAAAGGCAGGUGGUUUGCAAGGCCAGCGAUAACACCAUCACCGAGUGUGAGGGCGACAAGCCGGAAACAGUUCUAAUUUGCAAGCUAAGUCCUUGUCCAGGAGAGCCUCCGGCGUCUCCUCUCAACGCUGAAAGAACAGACAACUCCACAAUAAAAGAUGAAGCCGUACACCAAAGAGUUGCUGACAAUCCUGUCCACAAAAUCUCCUCAAAUGAACCAUGUCUGGGUGAUAAAUCAAUAUUCUGUCAAAUGGAAGUCCUAGCCCGCUACUGCUCCAUCCCUGGAUAUAAUAAGCUUUGCUGUGAGUCUUGCAACAAGAAAGAAGGUCUUGCCACAUUUGCCCCAGACCUCCAGAAGACUGCACUGGCCUCAGUGGAACCUGAGAUUACCACCCAGCAUCUCCACACCGCCGCGUCUGACACUCCCCUGCCCGCCACGACCAAGAGCCCGCCACAAACCACUAAAGCCAUCGGCAGACGGCCCCGCUCCACUGCCCAGGGACUGACCACCGCCUCCAUCUUCCCCACCAGCGCUGCUGCCACACAGAAGGAUUCUGCUGAAGCUUCGCCAUCCGCGGACACUGUUCUGCCCCAGGGUCCAACCAGUGGCUCGUCCCUCACAGUUGGGAAGGGAGACUCUGACCCGGGGCCACUUCUACCUCCAGGGCCGCCACGGCCAACAGCAGACUCCAGUGGAGGUGCCUCUAAAGAGCACAGCCCAAACAGCACUUUAGGCCCAGCUGCUGCCAGGUCAAGAAGGGACGCUUUAGGAUCCGAGAGGGACUCAAGUCACAGAACCCUGUCCGUUGAGACAUGAACAGUGAUUUAUCCUGUGAACGUGCUGCUCAGCGAUACGGUCCUGUUCAUCAGCUCAUCCUCGCAGCAUCUGAUGGACUCACAAUAUUGCUGCAGAAUUUAUUUUUAAGUUGUUUUUUGUUUCCAUGCCAGUGGACUUAGACCAGUGAUGGUUACCUCAGCAAAACUACAGAGCAAUCACUAUGCACUUGCACUGCAUUGCUCUGCCCUCUCUGCUUCAAAUAUGAAAUGGAAGAAGAAAAAAAAAAGUUGUUAAACAAAGGUGCUGUAAACUAAAAUGACUACAAGGUAUAUUAAAAAUGUGACGACUGCAUUGCUACAUUUAUGUUUUGAUCUGUGUACAGUUGUAAGCCUGUUUUUCAAGUGCAUUAGAACUACUAUUGAACUUGUGUUGUGAACAUGUGAGGCAUGGUCAAAAAUUCAGAAUUUGGGAGGGGAGAGGGGCAUCACAGGUCGAAGUGAUGUCACCACUCCUGGCAGGGAGCUCUGUAACAUCUCUGUCCCAGGUGCUUUUUUCAUUCAUGUAUUCCCCGAAAUGCAACUUACUGGUUAUUAUCCUCACUGGUCAAGAAUCAUGUCGUUUUGCAAGCCAACCCCACUGUAGCAUGCCCUUUGCCUUUGUGGAAGUCAGUCACAUAUGCUUUAAAAAAAAAAAAAAAAAAAAAAAAAAAAGAUUUAAGAAAAAUACAUCAUGAUAUUUUUUGUAACUGAUAUAUUUUUCAAAUAAUAUUGUAUAUAGUGUAAAUUUCAAGGUUAUGAAAAAAAAAAUUAACAACCAGCAAUGUAAUGGAAAGUAUUUUGCAGUUGAGAAACGCAGACAAUGCUGUAAGUCUACAGAGUGAUUGGUUGUUUCCAUUGUCAUACUGUUCAAGUCGGUGUUACUGACCAUUCCUGCAUUGCAGUUCAUAACAUCAUUAUGUGUAUUGUAUAGUUCUUGUAUAUACGUACAUGAAUGAAAGCUUUAAAUGUUAAUAUUUAUUGAAUUUUUAAAUGGUAUGGAGAAAAAAGUAAAAUACAUGUUUGAAAGAAAUGUAAUCCCUGUUAUUUCUCUCUUUGGCAUUCGUAAUUCACUCAGCUUUUAGAAUAU